CGAGCAACAAUACUCUUCUGGUUAAAGCAAAACAAUGUACUGCGAAUUGGUUAUUAUCUUGGUGUUAAUAGCGGGAUGUAUGCCCCAGCAAGUGGUGCAGAAAUUCGAUCCAAUACCCGAGCGGGAUCACUACCACAGGUCUAACCUGCUGCUCCUGAGGGCGAAACAAAAUGCCGAUAACGAGGAGGAGCAGCACUCCAAAUUUUGGAUCGACUCUGCUCAACAAACCCUUAGUAAAAAAUUAAACCAAAUGAACCCCGAAAUGAAAGCAAAAAAUGUGAUCUUCUUCAUCGGCGAUGGUAUGUCCCCGCAGACGGUGGCCGCCACACGAGUCUAUCUGGGCGAUGAGAAUGAGUACCUAUCGUUUGAGAGGUUUCCAUAUCUUGGCCAGGUGAAAACAUACUGUGUUAAUCGACAAGUGCCGGAUUCCGCCUGCACCGGUACGGCGUACUUCUCCGGGGUGAAGAUCAACUACGGAAUGCUGAAUGUGGUUGCCUCGGUUCCAAGGUACACUUGCGAGUAUGAGCGGAACAACAGCACUGAGUUCGUUGGGUUGAUGAAGUGGGCGCAGGAUGCUGGAAAGGCUACCGGGAUUGUGACGACGACUCGGGUGACGCACGCAUCGCCAGCCGCAAGUUAUGCCCAAAGUGCCAACCGUGGUUGGGAAAGUGAUGCCGAAGUGGUUGAGGAUAAGUGCGAUCCGGAGAAGACUGUGGAUAUCGCACGGCAGUUGGUCUACAAUGAGGUAUCGAAGAAUUUCAAAGUGGUUCUUGGGGGCGGAAGAAGAUGUAUGUUGCCGAAGGAAGUUAAGGAUGAAGAAGGCUCUAGAGGCUAUCGUCUGGAUGGGAGAAAUUUGAUACAGGAGUGGACGGAGCUGCACGAAGAGAUGGGAGAGUCGGCGUACGUUUGGAACAGGAAAGAACUUCUGUCGAUCGACGCUAACAAAACGGACUUUCUGCUGGGUCUGUUUGAGUCAAGUCAUUUGAUGUACAAUCUGGAGGUUCAUAAGAAGAACGCUCAGGAUAUGGAACCAACUCUAGCCGAAAUGACAGAAGCUGCUAUUAAAGUGUUGCGAAAAAACAAAGAAGGUUUCGUGCUGUUCGUGGAAGGUGGAUCGAUUGAUCUGGCACAUCAUUCGACAUACGCUCGAAUAGCUUUGGACGAAACGGCUGAAUACUCCCGGGCAAUAGAAGUUGCUCGUAAGCUCACCAGCGAAGAUGACACCCUCAUCGUUGUGAGCUCGGAUCAUAGUCACACGAUGACAUACAAUGGUUACACGAAACGAGGUCAGGACGUGUUGGGAAUUGCGGAUACCAGCGAAAUAGAUGGUCUUCCGUACACUACCCUAAGCUACGCCAAUGGUAAGGGUUACCACGAAACCUAUGAUCCAGCAAACCUGGCGGAACGUUUGGACAUCUCUGAGUACGACUUCACCUAUUACAAGCAACGCUACCCGGGAACAGUUCCGUUGAGCUCGGAAACCCAUGGAGGCGAGGAUGUGAAUGUGUACGCCUCUGGACCGAUGGCACACAUUUUCGUUGGAAAUUACGAACAAACCACGCUGCCCUAUCUGAUGGCAUAUGCUGCCGAAAUAGGAGAGUAUAUCAAUAAUCCAGACGACAAAGAUGAUGACACCGGUGCAGCUCAUGCGUUGUUAUUAUCAUUACCAACAUUGAUGUUUGCGAUGGUAGGAACACUCAUCCUGAGUGUAAUUUAACGGUAACAUAAUAAAAAUCUACCAAAGCAUAUGCCUCGUGUGUACGUUGACAAA